AUGACGAAAGAUCAGCAGCAGAAGAGACCCAUUAGAGUUGCGAUAGUCGGAGCAGGAUCCGCUGGUAUGGCAGCUGGGUUUGCGCUGACCAACCACCCAGAGAAAUUUCACGUUACGAUUUUCGACAAACAAAAUGUUUGCGGAGGCAUGGCUACAUCUAUUCCUAUUGAUGCGGGGAAGUUCGGUGCAAGUUACAUUAAUGAUGGGGUCCAAGGGGGAUCACCUCAAUUUUACAAUACGUUCAAGUUUUUCGAGAAGCUCGGAUUCAAGUCCAGCGAAGUCGGCAUGCAAAUUUCCUUCGGAAAGGGUAAAGAGAAAUUCUGGACAAACGUUUUUCCCUCGGAACUCGUUGCAAAACAUGCCGACGAUAUCAAGAAAUUCGGCCGCGUGUUGAAGAUCAUUAAAUGCCUAGAACCUCUGUUUGCGGUGAUGAGCGUGCAAGCUAUGCUUAAGCUCUUUAGAUUCCCGAAGGAUUUCGGCGAUCGGUUGAUUUACCCGCUUAUCGCACUGUUUAUGGGUACGGGAAACCAGACUCCACACGUCUCUUCUGCAAUCCUUGAACGCCUCUUUCUCGAUCCGAGUAUGAGCCUCUUUGAAUACUCUCCCGAUUCGCUCUUGGCAGAAAUUCCAACAAUGUUGGCAUUCCCAAACCUCAAUGACGUCUACGCGGCAUGGAAAAAACAUCUCGAGGAACGCGGUGCACGGAUUUGUCUCGGCACAGAAGUCCUUGAAGUGCUUGAGCGCAAGAAGGGCCGUGUCAUCCUUCGAUACAAGCCGUCUGAUGAUGAAGAUGGGACGAAAAGCGAUAUCGAAUGCUUUGACGAACUUAUCUUCGCGGCUGAUGCGGACAGCUGCUUGAAAAUGCUCGAGGAAGAGGUGACGUGGAAGGAAAAGAAGAUUCUUGGGAACGUGAAGUAUUUUUACGAUAUCAGUGUCACUCAUUAUGACCGAGAGUACAUGACAAAGUAUUAUGAGCUCGACUAUAAGGAAGAUCUCGUGUCAAGUUCACGGAAGAAUGAUGGAACGACGCAGGAAGCAAUGGCAUAUGCAGAGAAGAGCUUUCGUCCCUUGUACUUCAUUCACAUGUACGAUCAGGACCCAAAGAAGAUUGAAAUGAGUUUCGACCUCACACAUUACCAACCUCAGUUCAAGGGCAUACCACCGAACGGACAGCAUCCCGCAAACGAUGGUUCAGCCGCUUUAUCGUCACCCCCAUCUCAAAACGACUAUCCUCACGUUUACCAGACGAUUUUUCUCAAUAAAGACAUGCAGAACGAAUGGACGCGUAGUGACAUUGAGCCAAGUAAAGUAAUCAAGGAAAAAUGGUGGAAGCAACAAGGCCACAACUGGACGCAUUAUCUCGGUACGGUACCAUGGCUUUGGAUGAUCAAUGGGAAGAACCAUACGCACUAUGCUGGAGGAUGGGGAUUGGUUAAUAUGCACGAAGUCGGGCUGACCUCAGGUUUCGCUGCGGCGUACCAGCUUGGUGCGGACUAUCCAUUUAACGACGACGAAAGGUAA